GUCUCUGCCCGGCUUUGUUUCCUCCCUUUGCUGUCUCCGCGAGAUAAAAGCAGUAAAAGCAAAAAAGCUGCACUUUUGUCGACGCAGUCUCAGCCUGCUUCUUUAUUCUUGUGUCUUCUCCCCUCGUUUGCUGCAGACGGCGCAGAACAAAGCAUGACAAACCCCCUCCGGCUAUUCGCCCUCGACGUGCUCGAUGCUCGACUCGUCCCCGACUCGCAGGACAAAAUCAACCAGACAAAGCGCAACGCGCCUCCUUCGCGAUGGCGCACUCCCGAGUUCUACUUCUACUAUCUCGUGCACAUCGUCUGCGUGCCGCUCAUGUUCUGGGGCGCCAUGUCGGGCAGUAAUGAGAAUAGCAGGAACUAUGAAGUAUACAGCGAUAAGCUGGAACAAGGCUGGAUGAUGGGCCGCAAAGUGGACAACUCAGACGCGCAGUACUCCGGCUUCAGAGGCAAGAUCCCCGUCCUCACCAGCGCAAUCAUCCUGCAUUUCAUUCUCCGAAAACUCUCGCUUGCCUUCAAAAUCCCACGGAUCUCCUUCGACCUCGGGUUCGCGGCAAUCUUUCUCUCCGCGCUGCACGGCGUCAGCGUGCUCAAGAUCGUGGCUAUCUACUCAAUCAACUACAGCUUCACGAGAUAUCUACCCAGCAAAUCCGGAAUGAUCAGCACCUGGAUAUUUUGCAUUGCUAUCUUGUUCUUGAACGAGAUGUAUGAGGGCUACAAAUUCGGCUCGCUUCUACCUGUUCUCGGCGUUUUGGACGGCUACUGUGGGCUUCUUCCCCGAUGGGACGUCAACUUCAACUUUUCAAUUCUCCGCAUGAUCAGCUACAACUACGACUACUACCAAUCUCUCGCGACUCCUACCGAUAUUGAGAAGAAACAACGCGACGAGAAAGAGAUAUCUGAGCGUGACCGCAUAGAUAUUGGCCCACCAAAGCACGAGUACAACUUCUUGACCUACAUGUCGUAUUUGGUCUACACCCCGCUCUACAUCGCGGGUCCGAUCCUCACAUUCAACGACUACGUGUAUCAAAGCAAACACCCGCUUCCGUCGGUGAAUAUCAAGCGGACCAUGCUAUAUGGGCUGAGGAUGCUCUUCUGCAUGCUGGUGAUGGAGUGGAUCCUGCAUUAUAUGUACGUCAUCGCGCUGUCUAAUUCGCAUGCGUGGGAGGGACUCUCUCCGUUUCAAAUAAGCAUGGUUGGCUUUUUCAAUCUCAAAACAAUCUGGCUGAAGCUCUUGAUACCCUGGCGCCUCUUCCGCUUCUGGGCCCUCCUCGACAAAAUCGACGCGCCAGAAAACAUGCUCCGCUGCAUGAGCGACAACUACUCCGCCUCGGCCUUCUGGCGCGCAUGGCACCGCAGCUUCAACCGCUGGACGACGCGGUACCUCUACAUCCCGCUCGGCGGCUCCAACCACGCCAUCCGCAAUAUGCUCGCCGUUUUUACGUUUGUUGCGUUUUGGCAUGACAUCCAGCUUCGGCUGCUGGCGUGGGGGUGGCUUAUUACGCUGUUUGUGGUGCCGGAGGUUGCCGCGAAGCUGCUUUUUCCUGCCAAAAAAUGGGCCUCAUCCCCUCUGUACAGACACAUGUGCGCGCUGGGAGCAGUCGCAAACAUCUACAUGAUGAUGAUUGCCAAUCUCGUCGGCUUUGCCAUCGGCUUAGACGGCGUGCGCGACAUGAUCUACGACAUCUUCAGCACCUGGUCGGGAAUACCGUACUUCAUCGCUAUAUCUGGCGUGCUGUUUGUAGGCGUCCAGGUCAUGUUUGAAGUCCGUGCCAGCGAGGCCAGGCGUGGCAUCAACAUCCGCUACUAACGCAGAAUCAAUAAAACAGCAUUAUUACUCCAUUUACGCAGUGUAGAGAGGUAUUACAUAAUAUAUGUAAAUCAUGACAUAAUACACUACGCGGCUGGGCUCGUCUCAGUUCGCGCAUCCUCCUCGU